AUGCCAGCACAUACCCUUGAUUUUGCAAUGACUGAGACUGAAGAUAUACUUCGACCAGUCUUUUCCCGUCCGAAAUGCGUGGGAAAAGUCCUCGACGACAAAGUGAAGUUCACAGACUUUAAUAGAUGUGGGGAGUCUUCAUCACUUGUAACAUCGCAGCAUAUCCAAAAUAGGGAUAUCAGAACUCAUCUUAAACCUCGGGCGCAGUGUGAAAGCCUUCCGUACAAGAGGGCAGAUCUGUUCAGCAGACUUACGUUGAUCUUGAAUAACAGAGAAAAGCCUUCUGUGAAUGAGCUAGUUAGUCCAACCAAUCAGCCCGACACCGCCGCUGCUUACAUCAAUGCCUUCUUCAGCGCCGAAACGCGAGGAAAAAUACCAAACAUUAUACAACCCUCCUUUCUUGGAGGCGCUAAAAUGGUCUUAACUAACGCCGUCUACUUCAAAGGCAUUUGGAAAUACCCGUUCAAGUCUCAAAGUACCCACAAGGAGUUUUCUGGACUCGAAGAAGUUUCGCGCCCAGGGCUGGAGAUGCCCUUCAGGGGCGACAGCGCGUCCAUGGUGGUGCUCCUCCCGCGAUGUGGAAGGGGAUCCAAGACGGUUGAAUGGCUGGUCCGACGCCUGAAGCCCAAGAGACUCGCUUUGAGUUAA